AAAAUUGUUAAAGUGGCUGCUUUGGUUUAUUAAACCACGUGCAUAACCACCAUUGUCAUUUUGUCAUUUACAUGUCGUCUGAGUAUGCAACUCUUUUACUGAUCCAUAAAAAAAUUCCUUCGUAUGGCUGCUUCCAGGCCUCAGGAAGGCCCAUCUGCCUCUGCUCCCAGUUCCAGCACCUCAAACACCAGGAGUAUACGGAGGCGUCCUAGCAAUCGACAAGCUGCAUUCUCAUUUCUAUCAUCCAUUCAACUUGACUCUUCUACUCAAUCUCCUACCAAACAUUCAGCAGGGAUUACAGAAGAUGAGGACGAACACGAAUACGAGCAUGAGAAUAGACAGCAAGCAACAAUGUCUAAUGAAAUGCCAUCAACGCCUACACUGCCUGUAGUCACUACCCACAGUAAUAACAACUACGCAGCCAGCAAGCUUCGUAGCGAUAGAGAUCUUCAGGACACAAUCAUAUGUUCGUCACCUAUCACAUCAGUCCCAUCUACACCAACGGACAUACGUCUUCCCAAUGCAGACAAUAGACGCAGCUAUGUUGGUAAAAAAGAGGAGGCUGCCACUAAUUUUCUUUCCACGAUCAGCCUGCGUGGAGAAACAUCCGACGAUGUGGAUAACCUAAGUACGCGUGCAUCCAGACCACCUCUCCCUCCAGGACAGGAUUCUGGCUAUCCUAUCGCAGUCAACAGACCUACUGCACCUAUGGCCCCCUCUCAGGGUGAUCUUAUCCCUCACUCCCCUGUCCAGCGCUCGUCUUCGACACCUUCUCUUGCCUCCAGUUGGGCCAGAAACACGAGCGACUCUAUGUCAGAAACAGCGGAGCCUCUGCCUUCAGGGAGACAUCGAAAGACCACCAAUCUUGGCGCACACGCUGGCAGAGAUGCGCAACCAACCCAUCGUCGGUCCGUUCCCAACCCGAGACAUCAAUCUACACAUGACGUGGAUUCCUCAUCUGGAUUGCUUUCAACCUUAUUAGCGCGCGAAAGCAACGCAGAGCCACAAAGUUCUUCCUUUGAUCUUGGGAAUACAUCUACUCACAGAUAUAUGUUGCAAAAGGCCUCUAGUAGAUGGCUUGGGCCUCUGACUGACCAUGUAUACAUCAAACCCCUCAUUGCCUCUGGAACAGCCCACAUUGUGAAGAAAAUCUUCAGGAGACCCUCACUCAGUAUACCUAGGCAUCAUAGUUAUUCGCAAUCAUCAAGCCAUCAGGCUGUAGGAACGUCUAGACACUCGCUAUAUAGAACAAAUUCAGGAAGCACCACCCAAUUGAAACAGCCUCUGGACACUCAACGACACAUUUUUUAUAGUGGUGAAGAUCUCGCCAACAGUUGUGUCAGCCUCGGCGAGAAUCUGAACCAACACGCAUACAUGUUAACUACAAAGAAUGGUAGUCCAUUCGCUGUCUCUUCUAUCUUGCGCUACAACGACGAUAAAGUGCCCAAUAAACGGAGGCGGAGACGGUUUGAUCGCGAAUAUUUACAACAAAUCACAAAGGAAGCUCUUGUCCGGAAGAAAGCAAAUUCAUUUGCACACCUUUUAACACAAAGCAAUGCAUUAAGCUCUAUGAUGUAUCCGUAAUAGCCCCGAACAAGAGGAGGAUUCAGCUUCAUAUGACCCCUAUUAUCUUGAUGAUCCAGAACUGAAGACAGGGAAAAACCGAACGGUUAUUUCACUGGCCUGCUAUAUGGGCUCCGUUAUUCAAUAUACCCGACCAUCUGAUCUGAAGCGAGAGCUCAAUGAGCACUUCCGGUCACGGCAUCCUACGAUCGACCCAUCCAUCACGUUAUCUAAGAUUCGUAAAGUCAAAACAGACCUCCUCGCAAUAUCA